AGUUGUAGUGUAAUUUGUAAAUUGUAAUUCUCCUCUCUCUCUCUCUCUCUCUCUCUCUGUCUCCUUGCAUCUCUCUCACACGCACGCACGCAAAGAGACGAGACACGCAGAGAGACAUGAUUCUUUGAGAAUCUGUCGUCGGAUUCUACUAGGCUUCUUUGUUCCAGCAACAAUGAACCACCAAUAUGGUGAAGACCAAGAUCGAGUGAGUGUAGUUGGAUUCGACGUCCCCAACUCCCCCGAAGCAAGUUACAACAAUGCCUACCCUGGAAAUGAAGACGAGGGGCGAGAACCACCAUCACUACCUCCCCAUCUGCAGCAUACUUUGUUGAAUCACCUGACGACGAGUGAUCCUUGUGCACCCCUUCCAUCACCGCAAAAUGUUACACUAAAUCAUCUUUACAUAGAGAAUAGAGAACCUCCUCGCACAAUUGUCGCACUCGGGGUCACUCAUCGUUUUCGUUCGAAAUUUGUCACUGUUGUGCUCUACAAACCCGUUCCAAGAAGAUGAAGCAGCUGCAGCAGCAGGUGAUUUUCUUGAUCAUGAACCUCUUCUUCUUCUUUGGUCUUUCUUUUAUUUGUGUCCUAAUUUGAGCAGUGGUAGGAGUUAGUCAAACAUGAUUUAUUUAGCAUUGAAAUAUAUGUUCAUCAGGUUCCUAUGGUGAAUAUUUUUGUGUUAUUUAGAAAUUAAAUGUGAAGUAUAGAAAUGAUUACUGUAUUUAAAUAGUUUGAAUUGGAUUGGAUGCAUUUCAUUGGGCCUAAUUAUUAUUGGAUGUGUACUUCCAUGGGAACUUUGUCAUUAUAGAUGUUACAUGAGUGAUUAUUUCA